GAUGGAAGAAAUGCCGCGUUCUCAGUUACCUCGCUGUUAUUGCAAUGUCAGAAUGUUAGGGAGGUGGGACUCUUUGGCGGAAGGGAAGGUGAUCUACAGAUAUAGGCGCUUAGGUUAACAUUCGGACUUAGUAUCAUAACUUCAGUGGCCUACAAUAUCUUAAUAUACUUUAUUUUAUAAGUUUAUAUUAUAUUGAUAUAACUUAACAGUAGACUCCAUAACAGAUAUGAAAAAGCCUAUACUAUAUUGAGUCAUUCAUUGGUACCGUAAUCUUUUCAUGCUAAUAUCAUCAUAAUAUUGUUGAUUCAUGAUAAACUAUGAGCUGAUCAGGCUUUGGUCACAUACAAAGAAUAUCUGCAUAUGUACCGGUAUAGCAGUAUCGAGUGUACCUAUACUAUGAGAUAUGACGUUCUGACGUUAGACUACCCAUAAACAAAGAAGGGUUAAACUCUUAUUUUCGUUUCAGUGGAUAUGUUACCUUGUUUUGUAAGGUAUAUUAUCUGAAUAUUGAAUGUUUGAAAGGAUCUGGUACCAUAUCAGUGUAUCGAGAGAAGAGAGUCAUUGCUGUACAGAAAUCUCUCUGUUAUGUCAAUAAAGCUGCUUUAAAGACGAUAGGCUGGAAAGUGUCAUAUCUACUCAAGGUGGACAGACGGGACAGUGAAGCUGUGAAGUACCAAAUGUCUUGUCAGGAUUUACAGAAUUUGAAUUGCGAAGAUGGUCUUUGGCUCAUACAGAGCGACGAAUUUGUUCCAUCUAGUGACUCGGAUAAUGACAAUCUAACAGAGUCAGACCUGUCUGACGAGGCAGAGGAGAUAGAGUCAGAUGACCUGGAGUGGAGUGAAGAUGAAGCGACGAGUACACCAUCAGGAUCUCCACGAUUUCGAAAUCACCGAAAACAAGACGAAUGGGAAACACCGCCCAGCGCCAAAAAAGGCCGCCACUCGCUUUUAUAUAGUAAACGUCCGGUGUACAACUGGGAAAAAUCGUUUAAAGGAAGAUCAAUCAAGCAAUUCGGCGGUCAACGAGGAGUAACCACCCGCCAACUAACUCAGACGUCUACUCCCAUCGACUGUUUCUCACAAUUUUUCAACUCCACAGUACUUCAGUUCAUCGUCGACAUGACAAAUCUCAACGCUGUUCGGAAAAUACACGGGCGGUCUGUUGACAAGAAUUCUCAAGAAAAAGCAUGGAGAGCUGUCGAUGUCGAGGAAAUGAAAGCUUUCAUUGGCUUGCUUAUUGCAAUGGGCAUAAUUCGUCUUCCAAAUCUUCAUAUGUACUGGCAAAAGAAGAAUUGGGUAUUCGAUGUGCCUAGUUUCAACAAAAUUAUGCCAAGAGACCGAUUCAUUGAUUUGUAUACAUAUCUUCAUUUUUGUGACGAAGCGUUGGCGCAUAGAUCCGAUGAUCAGAAAAAAGACAAGUUGUUCAAAAUUCGUGGAUUGUUGUCGCUUGUAUUGCCCUUGUUUCAAAGCUGCUACACGCCGGGCAGAGACAUUGCAAUUGACGAAACUUUAAUUCCAUUCAAGGGCAAGAUUAGUUUUCGUCAAACCAUAAAAACGAAAAGGGCGCGGACUGGAAUCAAGGUUUGGGUGUUGGCCGAAUCUUUAACAGGAUAUGUGUCAAGGCUUCAAAUUUAUACCGGCAGGGAUCCGACAGCAGGCAAAGAAACAGGACUGGCCACGCGGGUGGUAAAGUAUUUGAUCAAUCCGUAUGAGGGAUUGCAUCAUCAUCUGUAUGUCGAUAAUUUUUAUACUAGCGCGGAACUUUUUGAAUACCUUCUUUCAAAAGGUGUUUACGCUUGUGGAACUUCCAAAUGUAAUGCUGCGAGCUUUCCAAAGGAGCUCAUUGUGACGCAGGCGAGAGAAAUACCCAGAGGCACAAGCGACUGGCGAAUGUGCGGACAAUUACUUGCACAAUCAUGGGUCGAUAAUAGAAUGGUCUAUUUUUUGUCCAUGAUCCAUAAGCCGGAAUAUGAUUCGAACGAUGACGGGGAAAAUACUGUGAUAAGGAGAGGCAAACGUGGUCGUACAUCAAGUUUUGUUAAAAUACCAUGUCCGCCUCUGCUCAAAGACUACAAUAAGUACAUGAUCGGUGUGGAUUUGUCAGAUCAAAUGCGGAAGUACUAUAAUUUAACAAGGCGAUCGAAGGUUUGGUAUCGCAGAGUAUUUUCGUAUAUACUGGAAGUAGCUGUACAUAAUGCCAGGGUUGUUUUUGAAAACCUUACAGGACAGAGAUGUGAGGGAGUGGGGUUUAGAAUGGAGCUAGUUGUCGCUCUUAUUGGAAGUCUUAGAGCUGGACGAAGGCCUGGAGUUCUGACACCUGCAUCAAUAACGAGACUGCACAAUGCGGGAUCUCACUUUCCGAUACCCGGCGGUCGACUAAAGACUUGCCGAGUUUGCUCAAAAAAAAGUCGGGUAUCGGCUACCACUGGAAAAAGCACCAUUUCAAGAAGCUCCGUGAAAUGCAGCUAUUGUGACGUUCAUCUUUGUGUUCGCGAAAACAGGUCCUGCUUCCGUGAUUGGCACACAAAGGUUGAGUAUUGGAGAUGAGAUUUUCUUUUUUUCUAUCAAGUAUUCAUUACUGCGAAGCACACGGGUGAGGGCAUAUAUGGAGAAGUUCUUACACGAUGUUCGUCUUUUCGAUCCGCGAUGAACAAUUGUCUAAUGAAAAUAAAAUUGGUGCUUUUAUUCACUCCCGUGUCGGGUAUAAGCGUGCGGUGCUUUGGAAAAAGUGAAGCACUAUUUGAAAUCCUAAAAAAAAUGGGGACAAAUAUCGAAGCGUUGACAACCACAAGUUGAGCACAUAUACAAGUUGACCAGUAAAUUUAUAACUACUAUUGUAAUAUGGUAACCGUUGUAUGCUGUACGAGUUGAUCUACUAGUGAAAUAGUUUGAAAAGUAUCAUUGUCGCUAUCAAAUUAUGAAAAAUCUUUAUAAAAUCCGCGAGUGCUGACUAGUGGCUAUUUGGGUGUGGGGACGACAAUUUUGAGAAGAAUUAUG